GAUAACACUUAUAAAGGUGCUGCCGGUACUUGGGGUGAAAAAGCUAACGAAAGAUUAGGCAUGGUUAGAGGGAAAGAUUUCACCAAAAACAAAAACAAGAUGAAAAGAGGUUCUUACAGAGGUGGUUCCAUUACAAUGGCAUCAGGUUCUUAUAAAUUCACUGAUUAA